AUGCUCAGCCAAACACGCGUGAAGGUGCAGGAGCAGCUGCAACCAGACGCGACGCGCUUGGCGGGGCUCGAAUUGACCGCCGGAAAGUCAUCACUCGGCCUCACAUCUAAUGGGAACACGCCAGCACAGAACGCUCAGGCGCCAAAUGACCUUUGGUUCUAUACCGCUCUUGCAGCUUCGUCCGAUAUCGCCGGAAGAUUUCCUUCGCGACAAUACCUUCAGGGCUUGAAGCGCGCCUGA